AUGUCCCUUCGCACGCUGCUCAAGACCAUGGGCUCAGACAUUAAAAAAGUCCCUAUUCCCCGUCGUGGGGUUGACUAUAGGGGUAAGAUCGUUCUUGCGCCGAUGGUCCGCUCUGGCGAGCUUCCUUCCCGCCUCCUGGCCCUGCACUAUGGUGCAGACUUGGUAUGGGGCCCCGAAACCGUUGAUAAGGCCAUGCUCGGCACUACUCGCAGAGUGAACCCCGUCACGAAGACGAUCGACUGGACCAAGAUCCCCUCCUUCGGGCAGAAGAACCCGCCAAAGACGAUACCCGAGGCCCUGGUCUUUAGCACACACCCCGAGAAAGAGGCGGGCAAGCUGAUCUUUCAGAUCGGAACGGCCGACCCGGACUUGGCUGUCCAGGCGGCCAGACUUGUCGCAGGGGACGUGGCUGGUAUUGACGUCAAUGCUGGCUGUCCCAAGCCCUUUAGCAUUAGUGGCGGAAUGGGCGCGGCUCUUUUGAAGACACCCGACAAACUCUGUGCGAUAUUAGAGGCUUUGGUGGCAAACAUCAUGCCAGAGUUCGAAAUUGGCAUCAGCGUCAAGAUUCGCCUCUUGGAUACCCCGGAGCAGACAGAGGCCCUUGUGCGGAAACUUUGCGCCACCGGUAUCACUGGCCUCACGAUUCACUGCCGAACGACUCCAAUGAGACCCAGGGAGCGAGCGAUCCGUGAGCAACUCCGCAUGGUCGCGGAAGUCUGCCAUGAGGCUGGCGUUGCUUGCAUCAUGAACGGCGACGUCGAGAGCCGAGACCACGCAGUGGACCUGAUCAAAGAAUACGGUGUCGAUGGCGCCAUGAUUGCGACCGCGGCAGAGGCGAACUCGAGCUGCUUCAGGUCGAAAGUGGACGGAGGCCUUGCGUCCUGGCAGGAAAUCGCGGCGACUUAUGUCAAGUACGCCUUGGAAGUUGACAACAAAUACGGCAACACUAAGUAUUUGCUAUGUCAGAUUGUGCCGGGCAGGAGUGAGAUGUACCAGAAGAUGCACCAGUGCAAGAGCUACACGCAGGUAUGUCGCGCCCUCGGACUCGAGGACCUCGUCGAGCUUGCCCAACAGGCAGACCUGAACAAGGGCGUCGACCCGGAGAAGGGGCCAAACAAGGGCGGCAAAAAGAGCAAUCCAAGCGCCAUGGCGGCUGGGGGCAAAAUGGCCGAGAGCCGUGCCAACCAGGCUCCUCGCAACAAGUCUCAACGGGGCGUCAACGCCCCGACGGAAGCGCCCCCGGCCCAGCCAGUUCAGUCGACUGCUGCUCCUUUCCAGAUAUAA